GGGACGAACGCCGCGGCGCUGAAGUGCCGGGGGCAGGGCGCAGAUCGCAGAGCGGCUCCGCCGCCGCCCAGCACGGCCCGAGGCAGCGCGAGGGACGAGUUAGGGAGGGCGGCGGCGACGGCGGGCGAGGCGGCGGCGGCAGCGGCGGGCGCUUUCCUCCUCCGGGCCGGAGGAGCGCGGGUGGCGGGGGAGCCGCUCUCGGUGGCGGACCGGGACGCAUUUCCGGCGGGGCUGCCGGGCGGGGAGCGGAGCGCAGGGGAAAAGGCGCGAUGCGAUCUGCUAGCUGUCAGAGUGGCAACCUAAUGCCGUCGAGGACACUGCGCUGCUCAGCGAGGCACUGAGCGACAGCGUGCCUGGCAGCCGUGACUUGAGUUGGCGUCAUCCCGGCGUCUGUCGCUGCCCAAAGUGCUUUUCCCUGCAGCAAGGGCCUUUUGUACCCGCAGUACUUGGUAGCCUUCUUCUGGGUCCUGAGCACCACAGGUGACCUAUGCAAAAAUGCUGCGGUACUGGGGCGAGAUCCCGGUUUCCUCCAACCAGGCCAACCGCAGCUCCUUUGACCUGCUGCAGCGUGAGUUCCGCACUGUGGAAGUCCAGGAUCCUCCGCUGCACCAGCCGUCUGCCAACAAGCCCCGUCCCACCACCAUGCUGGACAUCCCCUCCGAGCCCUGCAGCCUCACCAUUCACACCAUCCAGCUCAUCCAGCACAACCGGCGCCUGCGCAGCCUCAUCGCCGCGGCUCAGGCUCAAAACCAGCAGCAAGCAGAGGGCAUAAAAACCGAAGAGAAUGAGCCUCUGCCAUCUUGUCCGGCCUCCCCACCUCUCCCUGAUGACCUGCUUCCUCUGGAUAGCAAAACCCCCAAAAUGCCAUUUCAGCUGAGGCACAGUGACCCAGAGAGUGAUUUCUACAGGGGAAAAGGGGAGCCAGUGACAGAGCUGAGUUGGUCUUCCUGCCGGCAGCUUCUGUACCAGUCGAUGGCCACCAUCCUGGCGCACACGGGCUUUGAGUGCGCCAACGAGAGCGUCCUGGAGACCCUGACAGACAUCGCCCACGAGUACUGCCUCAAGUUCACCAAGCUGCUGCGCUUUGCCGUGGAUCGGGAGGCUCGGCUCGGCCACACCCCUUUCCCUGACGUCAUGGAGCAGGUCUUCCACGAGGUGGGCAUUGGCAGCGUGCUCUCGCUGCAGAAAUUCUGGCAGCACCGCAUCAAGGACUAUCACAGCUACAUGCUUCAGGUUAGCAAGCAGCUCUCUGAAGAAUAUGAGAAGAUUGUCAACCCUGAAAAGGCAGCAGAAGACACAAAACCUGUGAAAAUUAAGGAGGAACCUGUUAGUGAUAUUUCUUUCCCCAUAAGUGAAGAGCUGGAAGGAGAUCUGGCUUCUGGUGACCAGUCUUUGCCUGUUGGAGUUCUUGGAGGUCAAAGUGAGCGCUUCUCUGCCAAUUUGGAAGUAGAAGCUUCCCCACAGACUUCAGGGCCUGAGGUGAAUGCUUCCCCACUGUGGAACUUGUCACAGGUGAAAAUGGAGCCACAGGAAAAUGAGGAGGCUAAUGUACAUGGCCACGGGGUUCUAGGCAGUGAUGUCUUUGAGGAACCAAUGUCAGGCAUGAGUGAAGCUGGGAUGCCACAAAGCCCCAAUGGCUCUGAGAGCAGCUAUGGUUCUCAUUCUGCUGACAGCCUGAUGGGAUCCUCACCUGUCUUCAACCAGCGCUGCAAGAAAAAGAUGAAGAAGAUGUGAAAAGGAACAGUCUUUUUAUUCAGUGCUGAUGGUGUGCAACAGACACUUGAAAGGAAGGAACUGGUAGAGUACUGUGAUGAUUCCAGCACAGGGCUGGCCCUGGUGUCUGAGGGACCUGCACAAAAUGACUAUGAGAGGUUUGAUGUGUAGCUCCCCUCUCUGCUGGCUUCUGUACUCCAUCCUAAUUGAUGAGACUGAAGAUCACCCUUUACAUUUGAUGGUGGCAUGGUUUGCUUUGGCAGAUUCAUGAGGAACAUGCCCGUGAAAAGUAGUUGUGAGGAGAUUUUCUAAGUUACAGGACCAUUGAAUACUUUGGUUUAAAGGGAUCUUGUGGCAUUUCUAGUGCAGCCUCCUGUUCAGAUCUCAGCCAGUUAGAGCAGGUUGCUAAGGACUUUGUCCAUUUGAGUUUUGAGUAGCUACAAGGAUGGUGAUGCCAAAUCUCUCUGGGCAACAUUUUCCCAUAUUUGGCAACUAUGACAGUGAGAAAAACAAUAUAUUUGCAUCUAGUUGGAAUUUCCCAUAUUCCAGCUUGUGUUCACUGCCUCUUGUUCUGUUAUUGUCCAUCUCUGAGAAGAGGCUGACUGCCUUCUCUAACCCAGUUAUUAAGGGAUUAUAUACAAUGAGAUCUCUUUUUAGCCUUUUCUCUUCUUAAAUGUGGAGAAACCAUGUUGCCUGAGCUCUCCUUACUUGUCCUGUGCUCCAGCUCCCAAAGCAGCUCUGUGACCUUCCACUGAAAUUGCUGCAGUGCCCUUGUAAGGGGGAGCACAAAACUGAAUGACAUCUUCCAAACACUAUCUCACAAUCGCUGAGUAAAGAGGAACAAUAAUUUCCCUCAGAGUGCUGGCUGCCUGCUUGCUGACUGUUGUGGGCAGCAGGAGAGGUCCUAAGUCAGGGUAUUUAAGUUGGAGAGCCGUCUCUGAUGAUGAUCAUGGUGAUGUAGAUGCACUGAUGAUGAUGAUGAUGGUGAUGUAGAUGCACUGUAAGACCACCCUACAGCAAAGAUGGUGUAGGGUGGUCUCACAGUGCCAUUAGCCAGCUCCUUCAGUGCCUUCACAUUUAGCCUGUUGGUUUCAAUGGGCCUAAGUUCUCACUAACUCAGUCUUCCUCUGCUGUAGGCAAUGCUUUAUUCCUGUAUGCUGCUAGAAGGCUCAAGGACCUGGCAGGCCUUAAAGCAGAACUUACAGUGAAAACAGGUGAAAAAGAUGUUGUGUACAUGAGCCUGAAAGUACAAAAGCAUCCUUCGUUUCCAUAUUGUUUGCAUUGUUGAACAGUAAACCAUAUUUUAUUUAACCUUCCUUUUGCUUCUAGUGUACUUAAAGAAGCCCUUCUUCUUACCAGUAUGAACUCCAGCUGAGCUUUGGCUUUCCUAAUUUUCUCUGCAUCCUCUGGCUGUGUUUCUGUAUCUCUGCUGGCCAGCCCAUCAUCACUUUCACUUCUGUGUACCUUUCUGUUGGUGUUUGAGAUCGGUCAGGAGUUCCUCGGUCAUCUGUGCUGGCCUUCUGUCACACCUGCUAUAAUUUCUGUUUGUCAGAAAGGACUGAUUUUUUACUUUGAGAAGGCUGUCUUUGAAGAUAAAGGAGCGCACUUAGGUUCCUUUGGGUGGCCAGGACAGAAUUUCCCUUGUGAAGUUCUGCUGAGACAUUCCUUAAAUAAAACAAAAUAUGUUGACCUAAAGGUACAGGACUCUAUCUUGUACACAUUUCUCAGGAUUUUAAAUGCCACAGUUCUAUGUCUACUGCAGCCAAUACAUUCACAUUCUCCACCAAUUCUUCCAGCAGAGCUUACUCCCUAGUUGAUUACUUGAUCAUCUGUUCAGGGAAGUUGAUGUGGUUUUCUGGAGAGAAUGAAACAGCUUUUACUAAUAGUGUGAGCCUGUACUGGCAAUGCAGACUUUUCCUUUGCUGUCAUUGGAUUGAGUGCAGCAACUUCAGGCUGGCUGAGCUUUCAUAUUCAAGGUUGUUAUCUUGACAGCUUAGUCUGAAACAGAAUCUAUUUUGCUGCUUGCUUUUAUGGCUCAGCUGACUGAUGGAAUUUUUUUUGUUCUUCACAAUCCUCAGUUGAUCAACUUGGUCUUUAACUUGAUUCAGUGUGUCUCUCUCUCAAAAGAGCUAGAAUGAACAUGAAUCAAGAAUGAACAGCCACUUAAACUGGCUUUAUACCUGUAACCCCUUGGGAUGGUUGAGGGAAAUUUACCAAACCUACCAUUUAUCUUUACAAUUGCAGGUUUAUCUUUUGAAAGAAUGAGCUUCAGGCAUAGUAUUUUUGUUUCUGUAUAACAUGCCUGGCCUUAAUUCUUUUUUCCUAACUGUAUUUCUCUUCCACUUUAUAGAAGUGGAAUCCAAACAGAAAAUGUCUCAAUGUCUAAUAAAAAUGUGUGACCAUAGGCUUUUAUGGACAAUGGAGUUAAAAUUGUCCAUCAGAGUUUUAAAGGUCUCUCCUGGGGGGUAAAGUCUCACUAUUUUAAGCCUAGUCAGUAGUAGAAGAGCAUACCAGGAAAUCUUUAUUUUGAUUCCCCCUGAGUCACCAUUAGCCAAGCUGCAGUGUCCCUGUUUUCUCAGCUGUAAAAAAGAAUAGUAAUAUUUGCCUUUUAGAAGCGUGUUUGAGAUUUAGUUACUCUGCAAGAAAAAGGCACAGUAAUCAUUCAGAGAGUUUUGUGAGAGCUGCAAGUUUUUAUUCCACUUCAGUUGGACUGUUGCUGGCUGGAGAAUGCUUAGAUGGUCACUGAAAUGUUCUAUAUGACCCAGAUUUUAAGCAAAACUGCUGAUCACAAAGACCAGCACAACUCUGCUGUUCAGCUGUCCAGGGACAAGGAAAGCAUUUGGGGUGGUACCUUCUCACUCAGCUUUAGAUGUCUGCAUCUAAAAUUGUUCCUUUGGACCACACUUGCAGAUGAAUAGAAAUAAUCAUUCUUAGGUCACUGUCCUUUUGGUCUUGAGGUAGAAGUAUAAAGCAGGUUGAAUGAAUGGCAUUUUUAGAAAGGUCUGUUUUUACUUUGUGUGCCCAUGAAGUGGGUUCAGCUUGACUACCUCAACUGAAGACAUCCACACUGUCAGUGUAUGAGUUAAGUGAUGUGACUUAAGCCUUUCCUGGAUGGGAAUCAGAGACUUCCUCCUGCUGGGCCAGUACUUUUUCUUUUCUGCAUUUACUAGAGCUCACAGUUCAAAUGGUAGUACAGGGCUAAGAGCAGGCUGCCCAUCUCAGCUAAAACAGCAGAUCCAGCAUUCCCCACAACACACAGAAUGUGCCAGGAUGGGGCCUUGAGGCUCAGCCUAAUUUGUCCCUUGUGUCUUUGACAUUGUGAGAACACCUGUCAUUGGGCCUUUCUCUGUAGGUGCUUUGCAAACUGGUUCUUGUAGUAGUGUUCCUGCAGCCAGGGUACUUAUGCAAAGUCCAUUGCACUAUUUUGGGAGCCAAAUGACAGAGUGACUGCUGCCAGCAUCGCUUGCUCAUUUGCAAGAUUUCAAGUGGGCUAAAAAUGAAAAUCUAGUGUUCUCUAGGGCCUUGGUUAAACCUCAUAAGUGUUAUUCUUAAGUGCUUUCUCUGUACUGUUCAUGUGCAGAUGUUCUGUCUUAACUUUUUUUUGUGGGUUUUUUUUUUUUUUAUUUCACAUUCCUUUUCCACACCCAUUUCACCCUGUAACAAGCACUCUUCAACAAGCCAAGCCUGAGUGCUUCAAGUGUGUUUAAAUGCAGUGCAUAUUCACUGUCUUUUGAGUCAACUGUGUUGUUGCAGUGUAAGGGAGAAGUGCUGUUGAUUCUCUUUGGGAUGGAUGUUUAUGCAGAGGUGAGAAAUCCAUCUUAUACACUUAGAAAUGCAGGCAGAGUAAUAGCUGUACCUCCUGUUCCCCCACUGUGCCAAGGGUUGCAGCUGACUUUUGUGUGCUUGAUGUUUCCUUUUAUGCACGUGAAAGUUUUACCUUCUGGGUGAGGCUUUCACCUCUGAACAUUUAUGGUUCUUAUAUUUACAGUGGUGUUCAUCAUGCAUGAAACAGUGAAAUUUAAAAACUAGCUCACAAAGUCAGACACAGACUAUAUGCCCUUUUGAUGAAUCAAAUAAGAUUUUGCUAGGUGUUAAUGCAGCCUUGGGCAGCUAGUGAGGUGUGUUCACUGACCGUGUUAUCCCCAAAUUUCAAACUACAGUGAGAUUUUGCAGUGGGUUGGAAUGAAGCUCUGCUCUCGCAGUUGCUGUUUCUUGCUGAUGGCUGGUGAAGCACUCAGCUGACCCACCUGCUUCAACAGUCUGCAUUUUUUACAGUUCUUUCAUCUUUCUUCCUUUCUUUCCAAAAAUGGGUGGAUGAAAAAUGGGAACAGUGAGUGUUGACCAUGUCCAUAUCCAGUAGCAUUGAUGUCUUACAGUGAUUUAUUUUGCCAGGACUGAAAUUGGUAGGAACUUUGAUAUCAAUUUGGAGAGCAAGAUCUGUAAAUUACUUGGCUUUUGAAGUGUUUUGCAUAGGAAUCAUACAGGAUUGUAGUUGAGAGAGUGCUGUGUAUCAUAUUCCUUUUCCCCUCUAGCGAUACCUUUUUAUUCCUUUUGAAGAGUUUUGCCUGGUAUCCAGUAAAGUUCGCUGUAUAAAUGGCAGUGUAACAACUUAUGUGUACAGCUUUAUGUCAGACUACACUACCUAGUGAUUUAAUUCCAAGGCCAUCCAUGAUAAUUUGAAUAUGCAUAAUGCUGUGCAGAAAAAGAGAUGUUUCCUGCAUAGAAAUGUACAAUUUAAAAAGAAAACAGGAAAACAAGAUUAGGUAGGGUAGGUGAGGCCAAUCUGAUUAUAUGCUCAGUUCUGAGACUAAUGCACAUGUUAUGUGUGAAGGAUGUUUUACUUAAAAUGUUUUUGUACAUGCAUGUGAAAGAAAUACGUAACUUUGCUUUGUGUUUAUAUGGAACAAGAUUACUUAGGAAUAUUUCAGGGUUGGGUUUUUUUCCCUUGCUCUCCUGGAGAGAGUUGCUUUGUAAUUUCUAAGAAAAUAAAUAAAACUGUUCAGAAAUAAAAAUUCAAAA